AUGAACCUGACAGGGAUGGUGAACGGCAUGCUAAACACCGCUCUCAGAGAUUUUACAGCGUUGCUGGUGGACAUUGUGGGAAACUCCACUAGUUAUCUUACUGAGAUUUUCAAGUCGACUUCCAUUGUGUCAGGCAGAAAUCUUACCAAUCUAUGGGAAGCAAUAGAGAAAUCUCCUAUAGUCAACUACACUUUUUCCGGUAACAUAUCAGACUUCUUGGAAUGCACACAGGUCAUCAAAAAAGGCAAUUUUGUGACUGUGCCACCCCUCACGGUUCAAAAGCUGAAUCCUUGCGUGAUGGAGUUGUGCAAGUUUUAUCAACGGUGCUUCUGUACCAGAGACCGGAGUUACUCAAGGGAUCACACUAUGAGUUUAUGUUUCCCCUCAGAUAAUAUCACCUUCUUCAACGGAGUCUUUGAAAAUGUGGAAAGUGUUGCUUUGUUCUUUGAUUGUUUGGGCUCUCACUUCACUUGGCUUCAGUCCAUAUUCACCAGCUUUCCUCCGUUGCUCAACUUUGUGAGCAGAAUGAAGUGUGUGACUGGCAUUUGCCCAAGAGACUUUGAAGACUAUGGCUGUGCCUGCCGAUUUGAGAUGGAGGGCUUCCCCAUGGAUGAAGUAGAUGGCUGCUGUUUUCAACAUCGGAAAUGCUAUGAAGAGGCAACGGAAGAAGAAUGCACCUGGGAUCCUACCAAAAUCACCAUGAACAUCAGUUGUCUAACCAAAAACAUCACUUGUGGAUCUGAGGAUUCCUGUGAGCAUCUGCUCUGCAACUGUGACAAAGAAGCUAUUGAAUGUUUCUUGCAUUCUCCCGUUAACUCUUCCUUGAAUAAUUUUGACGCUACUCUCUGCUCCUCUCUGGUGACAGAAACAUCUAGUGUGAAAAUCCACACCACAGUUCCUGCUUCAGUUACUCCCCAGCCCACCACUGGCGCACCUGUAAUGAUUCCGGGAGCUGAGCAUGUUCCUCAAUAUUCCAGUGAUUUGCCUCUGAACAACCAUGAAAGAUUUUCUUCAGAUGCUGAGAGCAGUGGAGUCCUUGAAAUCUUCAGAGGAGGGGCUGUAACCCAGAAGGAUGCAACUAUUGCUUUUGAUAAUUCUGAACUAAGAGGAUUGUCAGAGAGCUAUUUGGCUACCAUAAGAACCACAACUCCUUCACCUGGGAUUAGCACACCAGAAGCAGACUUCACGCCAGCUUCAGAAUUUCCAAGACCAGCAAACAGCGGACAUCUCUUCAAGAUAGUUGGGGAGGAACCUGUGACAUUUUCUACAACGAUUCCAGAAGAGUCACCAUCUCCUGAAGAAUCUUUCAGAGAAGCGUGUGAUCGUUUCUCCUUUCUACAACGGGGUGAUAAUGGAAAACUCAAACAAGAGUUUCCACAGUUGGGUGAGAUGCUCUACUGCUUGACUAACCGGUGUCCAGAGGAGUUCGAAUUAUAUGGCUGUUUUUGUGGACAAGAGGGAAGAGGACAUCCGACCGAUGAACUGGACAGAUGUUGUUUCUCCCAUCAAUGCUGCCUGGAACAAGUUAAAAGAUUGGGAUGUCAGCCAGAAAAAAAAUCAAGAUCUGAAGUUGUGUGUUUUGAUCACACCCCAACAUGUGUUGGAUGGACCCUGUGUGAAAAUCUCCUGUGUUCCUGCGAUAAAGCUGCAGCCGAAUGCAUGGCGGCAGCCCCGUUCAACGAAAGCUGGAGGUUGUCCAGCAGACAGGCUUGCCAAGAGGACAAACUGGCUUGCCGCUGGGCAGGGCGUGUGAGGCCUCCAAGUAGCCCUCCAAGAGGUGCCAGAACGUCAAGUGAAGAAGAAGAAAGUAGCAGCGAGGAGACAAAUGCAGCUCCGCCCCUCUUGAGACGUGGAAAAAGAGCAAUACAGAAUGGCAGACGAAGGUCCAGAAUAGUCCCAUUGCAAACAAGAUAAUCUCCACUUCUCUGUCCAGCUACAGAUCUACUACUGGCAGCGUUGCUCAAGAGGCAUCCAGUAGUGUAUCCUAUAUAGCUGGCCAGUCUUUUCUUAAAAGCCUUCAGGGAUGAAGCAC